GCCUGUCCUUUGACUUCUCCUAUCCCUAAAAAAAUAAUAUCCCCAAUUCACCAAAACCCAAGUCCUUCAUGAAACAUAAAGGUAAAGACUCACCCUCCACAUAAGUGCAUCACCACAAGCCUGGUUUGAAAGAGUCUUUUGGUUUCUCAGAGAAGGAGAGGGAGAGGGAGAGGGAUAGAGAGUUACAGAGAGAUCUAGAGAGAGAUGGGGAGAGCUCCUUGCUGUGACAAGGAUAAUGUGAAGAAAGGACCAUGGUCACCUGAAGAAGAUGCAAAGCUUAAAGAGUAUAUAGAAAAAUAUGGGACCGGAGGGAAUUGGAUUGCUCUUCCACAGAAAGCUGGUCUAAGGAGAUGUGGAAAAAGUUGCAGAUUAAGAUGGCUUAACUAUCUCAGGCCCAACAUUAAACAUGGAGAAUUUUCUGAUGAAGAAGAUAAGAUCAUCUGCAACCUCUUUGCUAGCAUUGGAAGCAGGUGGUCAAUUAUAGCAGCUCAAUUGCCAGGAAGGACCGACAAUGAUAUCAAGAACUACUGGAACACAAAGCUCAAGAAGAAACUCAACCAAUAUUCCAUGAUGGGCAUAAUUCCUCACCACUCCGCCACCUUCUCAUCUCUUCUUCAUCACCAAACUUCAACCUCAUCAUCUUCACCACCAUCAUACAGAAGCAGCAACAACACUAGUACUCCUACUUACUACACACAUCAACCCAGGUCUUUCACCAGUACUGCUAAUCUGGAAUCCCAUAUUCCAUUUUCACCAAGUCUUUUAAGUAGUACCAAUACUACUACUAAUGCUGCUCUUCAAGUGGGUCAAGAGAGUUAUGUGAGUCAACCCUUGACGCAACAUUAUCAAGCCAAAGAUAACAUCUUGAUGUUUGGGGGUACCACUACUGAAGCAAGCUGCAGUUCUUCUGAUGGGAGCUAUGGUACUGGUUAUAGUGAGGUACAGUUGGGUCUGCAAAACUACUUCUACAAUAAUGGUGCUGAAGCAAACAACCAGAAAAUCAUGGUGUCAGAUAAUGGUCUUGGUCUUGAUCUUGAUCAUGACCAGGCUCCAUUAGAUUAUGGCCUUGAAGAGAUCAAGCAGUUAAUUAGCAGUAGCACUACUACUAGUGGUGGUUGCAACAACUUUUUGUUUGAUGAAAACAAGACAGAGGAAAAGGUCAUGAUGUACUACUGAUGCUGACUGUGAGUGAAAUCAAAGAAGAUUUGGAAGAAGCUAGAAGUAAAGGGAAUAGAGGGGAUGGGUUAAAGAUCUUCAGGAUUUUGGACUACUGGGCUUCUGUGAAUGAAAGAAAAGAGGUUGGAGUUGGUAUGUUUCUGACAGUACAUGGUAAAAGAAGUUUCCUUUUUUGCAUUGCUUUUAGGGAAAUGAUGUAUGUCUAGGUAGCAAGUACACUUUAACUGCACUCAUGGCAUGGAGAUAUCAAAACAAAAACAAAAAAUCUCAUCCAUCUUUUGAGAAUCUGAAAGACAAGUAUGUCCAAGUUGUUUUGUAAUUAUGCAUUGUUCUUCUUCCAUAGUCUUAAUCAUUUCAACUUGGUUCCUUUGUG